AUGCCGGUGUUAUUUCAAAAGAAUUCAAGGGGUGUUAGAGUUACUGUUGGACUACCUAAUGUAAGAAGAAGAGAAGAAAUAUUAAAAGUACAUAGCAAGAACAAGAAGCUAGACAAGGAUGUGUCUCUCAGUGUCAUUGCCCUACGAACGCCAGGGUUCAACAGUGUUGAUCUAACGACCGUUAUGAACGAAGCAGCCAUUCUUGCUGGUCGGAGAGGCAAAGAUAAGAUUACAUCAAAAGAGAUUGAUGACUCAAUUGAUCAGAUAGUGGCAGGGAUGGAAGGAACCAAGAUGACAGAUAGGAAAAGCAAGAUUUUAGUGGUGUAUCAUGAAAUUGGGCACACUAUUUGCGCCUCACCGAAGUCCCUCACCACCGUUGCUCACAUCUCUUCAUCGGAAUCCUCCACCGAAAAAUCAACAGCCACCGAAGCUAAUACGACGCCCAAGGACUGUAACAAGAGCGAUAGCAGCAUUAUCGGUAGCAUCAGUAGUAACCUAAGCAGCGCUAGUAUUAGAGUAUUGCCGGAUAUGGCUUUUGGUAAUGGGAAUCCGAUGGAUAUCGAUGAAGAUCUGCACAGCAAACAGCUAGCUGCGUACGGACACGAGACUAUGAGGCGGCUCUUCGCCUCUAACGUCCUUGUCUCCGGAAUGCAAGGCCUCGGUGUCGAAAUUGAUUUUGAUAUGAAGAACUCUGAUAGAUGGUCUGGUGGAGGUGGUGGAGAGGAAGCAACACAGGAUAAUAAAAAAACAGGGAGUCUAGAGCUAGAAAAACAUUUCUUUUCUCCUCUUUCAAAGGUCAAAGAUGAACAGCAAAAUGGUGUGGUGGAACUAAAGGAUGUUCAGGAUAACCACAGGUAUUUGCUUCUUGUUUUGUCUGUUAUAAUUCAGAAUGCCUUCGUUUCAAGGACGUGUUUGGAGAUGUAUGUGGAAUUGGGAGAUUAA